CUAGUUAAAGCUGUUUUUUUUUGUUUCAGAGAGUUCUUAAAGGACAGUUUACUUAGAGUAAAUUUAAUGGCAGGAAAAUGAAACUUUUGUUAUGUAUCGUUGUUCUCAUUGGACUUGCCCAACAAGUUACUACCUCUGUCAGAACGGGCACCGAAGAACAAGCAAUGUGUCCAAAGCUACAUUCUGAAAGUUGCUGUGUAAAAGAAACAAAGCAGAACCCGUGCAAUACUGAUUAUCUAAACAAGCAGGACUACAGAGAACAGCGGUGUGAAACAUUGUUUAGACCAGCGCUCAACAUCCCCACCUUCUGGACACUACUUAACAAAUCAAAAAGCCACACGCUAGCACUGUUUAUGUUAACUUUGCUUCCCGGUUGCCUAGCAACAACUGCUGCGUUGCGCUAUUCCAUUUUUGGUGUUAUUUAAUUUUGUAUUUCACUUGUGCUAUUUAUUUUGUAUAAGUGCGUCUGAUAUAACAACGGUGAAAUUGACGUUUUA